AUGAAAGCUGGCCAGUGGGAUCCCAAGCAGCAAAAGGUCGUCGUCAAUGACGUGCCGAAACCCACCGAAGCACCAAAUCAGUUCCUAGUCAAGAUACAGUCAGCAUCAUUAUGUCAUUCAGACUUGCUCAUGGCCAUGAGACCCGACUACAACGUUACCUUAGGCCAUGAAGGAGUCGGCUACAUUGAGUCCAUUGGACCGGAAGCCAGCAACAAAGGCUUCAAAGUCGGUGAUGCUAUCGGAUUUAACUACUUCAUCGGGGCAUGUUUCGAAUGCGAAGGUUGCAUGAUCCACAACAUGCGAUGCGAGACGGGUAACCAGAAACUACAAGGUUUUGUGUCGGAUGGGUACUUCGCCGAGUACGCGGUCGUUGAUUGGCAGAAUGCAGUCAAGCUACCCGAAAACCUCGAUAUGAGUAAGACUGCACCGCUGUUCUGUGCGGGUAUCACAGCAUUUCAUUCAGUGGACAGCUGUGAGUUGAAGGCGGGCGAUUGGCUGGCGGUUAUCGGGUGCGGCGGUCUUGGACAGUAUGCGAUACAAUAUGCAAAAGCCUUGGGUAUCAAGACUAUCGGUCUCGAUAUCAACGACAACCAACUCGAUGUGGCGAAGAAGGUCGGCGCGGAAGCUGUCUUCAACUCCAUGAAGAACAAGGAUUAUCUCGAAGAGAUCAAGAAGCUCACUGGAGGCAAAGGAUGCCACGCAGCGGCGGUCUACAGCGCAUCGAAUGCAGCAUACGCCGGCGCCCCAGAUGUCUUGAGAACAGGCGGACUACUCAUGGUCAUUGGAAUCGCACCGAAAGGACUGGACUUCAUCAAUACCUUCGACUUAACAACAGGACGGUACCGCAUCAAGGCCGACAGCACGGGUAUUCCGCAGCGAAUGAAGAAGGCUGUGGAUUUCACUGGCAAGCACAGCAUACAACCAGAAGUCGAGUUCCGCAAGAUUGAUGAUUUGCCGCAGAUGGUCGCUGAUAUGGAGGCUGGUAAAGCGGAGAAGAGACAGGUUGUUCAUGAUUUCGCGAAUCCCGAGUUCGAAUGGGACAAACAAGAGAACUACCAGCGUCUGUCCAUCCUCCUCUCCUUUUUCUUUCGCAAACACCCCGACGUUACCGAUGAAUUCUUCAAGAAGCACUACAAUCACAUCCACUCCGACCUCACCGUCGCCUGCAAGAAGUUCCACGCAGUCAAGAUACAACGCUACGUUCAGCACUACCAAUCACCAGGCCUCAAAGGCAAACUGCAGAGCUUGGGCAUGGAUCUAUUAGACUACGAUGCUUGCAGUCAAAUCUGGGUGAAGAAGUGGGAAGAUUGGGAGGCUUUUGCCGGGAGCGACGAGUACCGGGCUGCACUCAUGCCGGAUGCGGAGAAGUUUAUGGAUCUGGAGAAGGGCAUCCAGGUCAUGGCUGGGUGA